GCGACAGAAGAUCACCGACGUCAGCUUCGGAAGGGACAACGUGAGCGGAGGAAGGAACGCUCAAAGCAGAUGGUGGCACCAUCGGCUGUGGCAGCGCCAAAAGAAUGUGGCCGCGCCACCACGAAGCAUGGCGGCGCCAGCUUCUAAUUCAAAGGCCAACACACCAACACCCUUCUUUCCCAAUGUGGAAAUUGACCAGUGGUGGAUAGCGGUGGUGUGUUGUGUCGCAUGCAUGUGCAUACCGCAGCUUGUACAAGCGGUCUACGAAAAAGGCAGAGCACUUCGGCAGCGCCUUUCGUUUUGAGCCCAUACUCACUCCGCAGUAGUAACUUGACAGUGUGAAUUGACAAGGUCAUGGGACGGGGUGCAGUCAAGUCAGCCCGUAGCCACAGGUCCUGUAACCAUUUUCAUCUGCCCUAAAAUGGACGAGAAAAGAGGCAGAUGACUCACAUGAUCCGGAAUGGGUUCCACCCACUGCGAUGAGGCCAAGUUAUUAUCGAUCUUCGCUGUGAUUUGGUGGAUUCCGAGGCAGAGAUCGUACCUUGGAUUGCCAGGCCGCUGGAGAGAAGGCAGCAUCCUUGGACCAUGUCAUGGUCCAACGUUUUGGACUACAUGCCGCCACAGAAGUUCCACCAGCUUGCGCGGAUGUGCUCCUUGCAAGGUGACACCAUCCAUUAUGGCUACUCCAUGAACUGGAUUUGUGAGGUCUAUGGCUCUUGCAUCAUGGACUAUGACAAACAGCCGCAGGUGCAGUCUGAGAUUAUCAAACAGUCGCAUCAAAUGUGUGAGAUGACGGGCAAAAUGGCUCCAGCCGGCAAGCUCUUGUUAUUGCCACCCCAUGACAGUCCCAUGAACAUUACCGGGUACACGCUGGCUAUUGGGCUGCACAAGAAGUGGACGCAAUACUUCUUUUCGGAAGAGAUUGCGGGCGACGUGCAGGUUGGGGUGGCUUCCAUGCAGACCUACAACCCCUUGGCAACCACUGCAUCCUGCUUGUCAAUGACUUGGACCUAUGACCCUGACAUUCGCUUGCAAGCUCACGAUGAUGGCCGAUUUUUGGAUGAUGAGACCAAAGACCUCGUGAAUUGCCCCGUCUCCUGAGUGUUGAGACCCGGCACCGGGGCGGGACCGGUGUCUUCGUCGAUGGUGCCAGGUGUUGGGCGAGAUUUGCGAGGGGAAGUCUUUGUGGGUGGGGUGGACAUCCAACAUGAGCAGACAAUGCAAGCA